AUGAAGCGACGCGUAACGAUCGUGUACGGGCCGGUGCAGCCGGGUGUUCGCCGCCCCACUACACAACCCUCACACACCCCCAGCCCACCAGGGGGUGGCGUUAUCACGGCCGCAUUAGCAUCGCCCACGCCAACCGGGAGUACGUCGCUCGGGCCGCUCUGCUUGUCCUGUAUGGCGACCUCACCGGUUGGCCCCGGAUCGGGAGCGUUUCGUGUCCCACCCCCGGCCACAGCGUCCUUCCCCUGCCAACGGUGCUGCUCGAUAUCAUCCAUUUUGAAACCGUCGCCGCUGAGUGCCUCCGAACGGGCCGCGCAAAUUGAAGACGCGCUUAACAACAACCAUCACCAUCGGAACGUGCAGCAGCAGCAGCAGCAGCAAUCGUGCGGAUGGACCGAGUGCGGUGGGUCUGCGAUGGGAGGUCCUCGGGGCCGGUCGGUGCCACCCGACGAGCAGGGCUGGUGCAUGUACCUGGCCGUGGGGCUAAUUGCGGCCCUGUGCUAUCUGAACGGCAUCCAGGGCGACUUCGUGCAUGACGACAUCCCGGCCAUCACGCUCAACAAGGACGUGCUCGGGGCCGGACCAGUGGCGCAGGUGUUCCGCAACGAUUUCUGGGGCACGCCGAUGGCCGACCUAAGCAGCCAUAAAUCAUACCGACCGCUGACCACGCUGACGUUUCGACUGAACUACCUAACCUUCGGCCUCCGGUCAGUGUGGUUCCAUGCGACCAACGUGGCUCUGCACGCUGCCGCCACGAUGCUGUUCACGCGCGUCUGCCUCACGAUAGCGGGUCUGCGGAGGAACUUCGCCAUCCUGGCCGGUGUUCUGUUCGCUGUCCACCCGAUCCACACCGAGGCGGUGACGGGCAUCGUGGGACGUGCCGAUGUGCUGGCGUGUAUAUUCUUCCUAAUUUCGCUGCUGGUCUACCACGGCCGCUGCCACGAGCCGGACAUGAACUCGAUCUGGCUCAGCAUCGUGCUUGGUGGUCUGAGCAUGCUGGCCAAAGAGACGGGCAUCACCGUGUUCCUGCUAAACGUCGCCUACGACACCUACCGCAACUGGCCAGCCCUCAAGCGCACCGUCCAGGACAUGCGCUGGAGCGAAGAGACGCACCAGUUCGGGCGCCGCGUAUCCCGCGUCCUACUCUCGAUGGGCGUCCUGCUGGCUGUCCGGUUGGCGCUCUUACAGGGCUCACUGCCUCGAUUUUCGCAGCAGGACAACCCGACUGCCUUCCACCCGAGCCUAUACGUGCGCCUGCUGACGUUCUGCUAUCUGGCGGCCUUCAACUGGUGGCUGCUGCUGUGCCCUUCAACGCUCAGCCACGACUGGCAGAUGGGUUCGAUCCCGCUCGUUACGACGCUCAGCGAUCCUCGAAAUUUGCUCACGUUUAUUGCGUUCGGGGCCGCUCUGCUGUUCGCGUACCGGGGCCUGAUGGAUUGCGAGCAUCAACGUCACGUGCCGGUGGUAUUAGGGUUUCUAUUAUUAGUGCUGCCGUUCCUGCCCGCCACAAAUCUCGUCGUAACGGUGGGUUUCGUCGUCGCCGAGCGGGUCCUCUACAUUCCGAGCAUGGGUUGCCUGAUCCUAGUAGUGUACGGUGCGCAGCGGCUCUGGGAACGCUCGGAAGGCCUGAAACGCCCCAUCCUGCUGCUAGGCGUCGUCCUGCUUGUGGCCGGUUGCCUCAAAACCAUCGCCCGCAACCAAGACUGGGGCUCACGUGAAGCCCUGUUACGGUCGGGCCUGAAAACGCUGCCGCACAACGCCAAAAUGCACUACAAUUUCGGCAAUUUCCUGCGGGACGCAUCGCAAACCGAGCCAGCCAUCGCUCAUUACCGGGAAGCGCUGCGGCUGUGGCCAACGUACGCGAGCGCACACAACAACAUCGGCACGCUGAUGCCGCAGUUCGCCACGGCCGAGUAUCACUUCCGGGAGGCUAUCAAAUAUGCAUCCGAGCACAUUAACGCCCACUACAAUCUAGGCCAAUUAUACAGGAAAUCGAACCGGACGGGUGACGCGAUCCGGAUGCUGGAACGGUGCGUCCGGCUCGAGCCACUGUUCACGGCCGCCUACCUGGAGCUGGUGAAGCUGUACGCGAACCAACCGAUCGCUGCCGGUCGCCUGCUGGCCCGCGUCGUCCGGCUCAACCCGUACAAUGCGGACCUGCGGCGUCAGUACGGCGACUGGCUGAUGGAGCAAAACAUGCUGCUGGAGGCGAGCAAACAAUACCAGGAAGGGAUCAAAAUAAUGGAAACUCAUCAAUUAUCCGUGAUUGGAGCCUGUCGCUGCCUACGCAAAAUGGGACAACAGUCGCGAUUACAUCAAAUGGUGCUGAGAUGGCAAUUUAUAGUUCGCUUAUCGAACGGCGGCGUUCCGAUACAGAACGAUAUCUAUCUCCGCGAUUGGAGCAUAAAGCACGAGCUGCGCAACCGGGCGAUGAUCUACGACAGUGGAGGAGCGAGCGGGGACGUCGGUAGCAGCACCACAACCCGGGAGGCCACCACGACGAGCAUAAAAGAUUGCGCGACGGUUCACCCACCGGAACGAGCACAAGCUGAUCCGGGACCAGCGGAAAUCAGCAUACGUAUCCUACGCACGCCACACUGCAACCGUUCCGAGCAUCUGCCGAAUUCACUGAAAGCCUGCAAGCUGGCCGGUUCAGCAUCGGCGGGUACCACCGAGACCACCACCCAACCAGCCACCGACAAAGCAGGACCCGGCAAGCAGAGAAAGUGGUCCAAAACGCGCCACAAACCGAAACGGCAGCCGUCCGGUGGGCUUGACCCGAAUCGGGAAGCCCUUGCGCCCCUGCUCGACAUCUCCAACCUGCUGGACAAGCUGUAA